AUGGCCGGCAACUGGAGUCCAAGCUCGUGGACCACCAAGCCUAUCAAGCAGGAUGUGAUCUACGAGGAUGUCCAAGGCAUUAAUGACGCUCUUGGCAAGCUACAAAAUCUGCCUCCAUUGGUGACAGUACAAGAGAUCAACAAUCUUAAAAAUAGCUUGAAGAACGUGGCUCUGGGCAAAGCUUUUGUCCUACAAGGAGGUGACUGUGCUGAGCUUUUUGAUUACUGCAAUCAGGACAUGAUUGAGGCUAAGCUCAAGCUCUUGCUACAGAUGAGUUUGAUCCUAAUUUGGGGUGCCAACAAGCCUGUCAUUCGUAUUGCACGUAUUGCAGGACAGUUUGCCAAGCCUCGAUCCAGUCCAACUGAAACCGUCAAUGGAGUUGAAAUGCCCUCCUUCCGAGGAGAUAACAUUAAUGGCUUCGCUGCCACUCCCGAUUCUCGAAAGCCAGAUCCAUCACGUCUGGUAUCGGCUUACUUCCACUCGGCCGCAACACUAAACUACAUGCGAGCAUCACUCUCCUCGGGUCUCGCAGAUUUGCACUCCCCCAUGGACUGGGGCCUCGGCCAUGUCAUCGAGCCCUCUAUCAAGGACCAGUACUCGAGGAUCGUCAACUCUGUCCAAGAUGCCUUGCGAUUUAUGCGCACGGUAGGAAUCGACAAAGACCGCGGCGUUGAGACCGCUGAUAUCUACACUAGUCAUGAGGGCCUUUCACUAGAGUACGAGUCGACUCUGACUCAAAGGCUGAAGCAACCACUCCCAUCUGCUUCGGCUGCACCCACUUGGUACGCUACCUCCGCACAUUUCCUCUGGAUUGGUGAUCGGACGCGGCAACUUGAUGGUGCGCACGUCGAGUUCUUCCGGGGCAUUUCCAACCCGAUUGGCAUUAAGAUCGGACCUACGAUGGUCGCCGAAGAUCUCGUGCGCUUAUUGGAUGUCGUGAACCCCACCAAGGAAAUUGGCAAAGUCACUUUGAUCUCGCGCUAUGGUGCAUCAAAGAUCGCCCAGUACCUCCCCGGUCACAUUGCUGCCGUGCAGGCCUCGGGUCAUAUCCCCGUGUGGCAGUGUGACCCGAUGCACGGCAAUGGACGAGCCACCCCUUCAGGAGUGAAGACACGCCACUUCACCGACAUUCUUUCAGAGCUGAAGCAGGCUCUGGAGAUUCAUCGGCAGGCCGGAUCUUUCCUGGGUGGUAUGCACCUCGAGCUGACUGGGGAGGCUGUGACAGAGUGUGUCGGCGGUGCAGCUGGUCUGACAGAGGAUGGGCUUGGGGAGCGGUACACCACUUUCUGUGACCCCCGCUUGAAUGAGAAGCAGGCUCUUGAGCUUGCCUUCCUAGUGGCCGGAUUUUACCGCGAGGAGUCAGAAGCAUGA